GGCAGUGACUUGGGAACUAAUUAUAGUAGAUAAGUUUUUGACAAGACAGAUGGUAUAUAAUUGUAGGACUUGUAUGAGUGAGCCAGUCUAAGUUCUUAAGAUACGAAUUGCACUGGCUUUUCCUCAGCUGUAACUUCCUCGACUUUUGGAUCCUUUCACUGACCAUAACCAUGGCUCCCCCCAUAUUUGUCAACAAGCGUUCCCCAGGCGUACCGUUCUACACGCCUCUCCAAAGCCCUCCUGCAGGAACCGCUCGUUCCACGGCAAAAACUAUACUUUUUACCCCGUUGAAGAUCCGGGGAGUUGAGUUUCCUAACCGCGUCUGGGCUUCGCCCAUGCAACAAUACUCCGCUGAUAAUGGAAAAAUGACACCCUGGCACAUGGCAUACCUCGGUGGUAUUCUCAUUCGCGGUCCUGGACUUACGUUCGUUGAGGGUUCCGCCGUCGAGGCGAUUGGACGUAUCACACCGGAGGAUCUUGGACUUUGGGAUGACUCCCAGAUUGCCAGUCAUCAAGAGAUAGUGCAAUUUGCCCACUCUCAGGACAAGAAGAUUGGUAUCCAGCUUAUGCACUCUGGUCGAAAGGGCUCAUGUGUGGCAUUGUGGUUGAGCUUUAGUGCAGUUGCCACUCCUGCGGCAGGUGGCUGGGCCGACAAGAUUGUCGCUCCAUCCGCCGUUCCCUUUGAGCCUGGCUACCCCGUUCCCCACGCGCUUACUAUCAAGGAGAUUGAAGGGAUUAUCGUGGCAUUCAAGAAUUCUGCACAGCGGGCUGUUACUGCUGGCUAUGAUGUCCUCAAUAUUCAUGCUGCUCAUGGCUAUCUGUUAUCUGAAUUCUUGAGCCCAGUCGCGAACAAACGAACAGACAAGUACGGCGGAAGCUUCGAAAACCGUAUCCGACUUGUUCUAGAGGUCAUCGACGCAGUGAGAGCUGUGAUUCCAGAUACGAUGCCCCUUGUCCUUCGCGUAUCAGCUACCGAUUGCCUGGAGAAUGAAGACUAUCCUAGCUGGAAGCUUCCGGACACCAUUGAACUCGCUAAAAUCAUCCGCGAACAUGGCGUUGAUGUCCUGGAUGUUUCUUCCGGCGGCCAAUCUGCUGCUCAGACAAUCAACGUGUUCGACAUCCAGUCCGUAUACGCCAAGCAGGUCAAAGACGUGGUUGGAGACUCAUUACUUGUUGGCUGUCUAGGUGGUAUUACGUCUGGUAAAGUAGCCGAGCAGUACCUCCAGGAGAAGCGUGGGGAUAUGUGCUUCGUCGGCCGUAACUUCCUGGAAAAACCCGGAACAGCUUGGGAUUUUGCUGAAGAGCUUGACGAGUCAGUGCAUAUGUCAAAACAGCUUGAAUGGCCAUUCAUUGGAAGGGGUAAACGGGUUUAGAACGGCCUGAGAUUCCUGAGCAACAUGAUUGAUCAUAAUUAUCAUCUUCUCUCGGGUAGAAGCCGGUAGAUAGGUUAGGUUAAGGUUUGUUCGGCAAGAAACAAUAUCAUUGAAUAUGC